AUGUCUUUUGGUUUCGGAAUAGGCGAUUUUAUCGCCGUGGGGGAGCUUUGCUGGAAACUCUACUCGCAAGUCUACAAAGUUUCUAGAGAUGCACCUGAAGAGCUCCGUGGACUUAACCAAGAGCUGGGAAACCUUCACAACACUAUCCAGCUGCUUAUAGAAGAACUCAAGGACGAAGAUUCGGUAUUAAUACGCUCUGGAGAUGUUCGGAUUAACACUAUUCGGCGAGUAAUGUCGCAGUCAGAAGAAACGCUUAAAAGGAUGCAACAACUAUCUGAGCGGUAUGCAGAGCUCCAAACACCAUCUGCCGGGCGAGAGAAGCGACGCGUUCUGCGCAUUUACUGGGACCAACUAAAAUACUCACGGGAACUUCACACUAUUAAUGAUCUACGCGCUAAAAUAAUGCUUCAAAAUUCUCAGCUAGCUCUCAUCCUGCAAGGUGCUCAAAAUUCGUCGUUAGAGCGUAUAGAGAAGCAAAACGCGCAGACCGACAAAAAGUUGGACGAGCUGCGGCAACUACUCAUGUUUGAUCAUGCCUCGCGGGAUCGACCGAUACUUACAGCGCCAUUGGAUCCAAAUACCUUGAUGGAGCUGACAAAUGUAUUUUUACAAAAAGCAGAGUUUGACAAUCGGCCCUGGGCCUCAAUUGGUAUUGAUAGCUGGCUCCAAGUAGGGCAAUGGUGGCUCAUGAAGGCGCAGUCGCAAUUGGUGGCGGCUCCACCAAGUCAUGAGGACCAGACUACAUACAACCAAGGAUACGCGAAUCUGUUGAAGGCAUGCUGGAUCUUGACUGACAUAAUCGCCAUACAUCCCCAGCGGACUCACAUGGGCUCGUCAAAUGACCGUCGGGCGCAGAGCAUUCAGCGUCUUACUCAAGCAAGUAAAAUGAACUGGCAAUUCUAA